AUGACCAAGAAGCAAGACGAGGAACAUGUAGCGUUUGAGCAAAUCAGCCCCGAGGAGGAAGCAGCUCUCGUUCGAAAGCUCGAUCGAGUAUUGAUGCCCCUAAUGGCGUUUGUCUAUUUCUUCCAGUAUCUCGACAAGCAAUCCAUCAACUACGCCUCAGUCUUUGGUCUCCGCAAAGACCUCCACCUAACAGGCCAAGACUACUCCUGGAUCAUAUCUCUCUUCUACUUCGGCCAGCUAUGCUCCGAGUACCCCGCCGCCUACCUGAUGGGCCGCCUCCCCAUAACUCUCUUCGUGGGAAUCACAAUCAUCGCCUGGGGCGCCGUCGAAAUGACCCUCGGCGCAACGCAGGAUUUUGCAGGCCUCGCGGCAGCUCGCUUCUUCCUCGGCUUCGCAGAAGGCGCCGUGUCCCCGGCCUUCAUCAUCGUCACGUCAAACUGGUACCGCCGCCGCGAGCACCCGAUCCGCGUCGCGACGUGGGUGUCCAUGUCGGGCGUCUCGCAGGUGCUCGGCGCGCUGAUGAUGUACGGGAUUGGCGGCGCGUCGGCGAUGGCGCUCGAGAAGUGGAAAGUUAUGUUUCUUAUCAGCGGCGGGUUGACGGCGGCGUGUGGUGUUGCUUUCUGUGUGCUUAUGCCGAGGGAUACUACUACAGCAUGGUUCUUGAACGAGAGGGAGAGAGAGAUUGCGACGAGGAGGUUGGCUCUUGAUCGCGGUACUAGAGACCGCGCGGAGUUUAACACAAAGCAGAUGUAUGAGGCGUUGAGGCAGCCAGUGACGUGGCUGUAUUUCACGAUGGCGCUUUGCAUCACACUGACGACUCCUAUUCUAAAGGUAAAUUUCUCUUCCCUUGUCAUCAACGGUUUCGGCUACUCCUCCUUCACAACAAUGCUCGUCGGCCUCCCCGGCGGCGCAAUCAGCUUCAUCACAAUCUGGGCUAGCGCCCUCAUCCCGCGCUUCCUUCCCGAUACGCGAAUCUACACCUCCAUAGGCCUCUCCGUCGUCCCGCUCCUCGGAUCCGCCAUGCUCCUCGCGCUACCCCUAUACGGCGCUGAGUGGGGCAUCGUGGCAAGCACCUGGCUCGCGGCGUGCUGCAGCGCGCUCCUCAGCUCCACAGCGUCAAUGAUGGCGUCCAACGUCAAGGGGAACACCAAGAAGAGCGUCGUUAGCGCGGGGUUUUUUAUCGUAUACUGCGUUGGGUGUAUUGUUUCCCCGCAGGCUUGGACGGAGGGGGACGCGCCUAGGUAUACCAAGGGAUGUAUCUUGAGUAUUGCGAGUUGGGUGGGGUUGAUUGUCACGUAUGCUGUGUAUGGAGUCGUUUUGAGGAGGGAGAAUGUGAGGAGGGAUAGGCUUGCUGCGGAGGGGAGGUAUGAGUAUGAUGUUGGGGGCUAUGGUGGGGGAGAGGAGGCGGUGCAGAUGGGCGUUGCAGUUGAUUCUGACUUGACGGAUGUGCAGGACAAGGCAUUCCGGUACAGCUUGUGA